AGUCAAUUUAAACAAGAUACUGUCAAUUGUGUCAAUAAUCAAAGUUUUGUGGAACAUAUUUUAUCAUCAUUAUCACAUAGAAAGUAUUCUUAAACAAUAAUAAUACUACUUAUAUUCAGUUUAUAGUGUAUUUGAUUCAAUCUCCCCCCCCCAAAAAAAAUAAGAAGAAGGAAGGAUAGAAUAUAUUCAUCAGAUAAUAAAAUCUAAUUGAGGAGUGGUUAAGGUAAUUAAUUGUGUAUGGGCUCUUGUGCAUCAACUGGUGUUUCACAAGCUGGAAGUCCGGCAAAAAAUCAAUUAACGAAUGGUAUUCAACAAAAUUCUUUAAAUAUACAAGAAAUGAAUCAAAUAGGAAUAAGAAAUGUAAAUGAAGAAAUUGAUAAAAUGGUUGGUCAAGAUAAGAAAAUUGAUAAUCCUAGAAGUAACUAUGUACUAUCUGGUAUAGAUUUAUUGGAUUAUGGAGUGGGAUUAAAAGAUAUACCACUUCGUACUUCUGAUACAAAUAUGACAACAGAUGAAGAACUUGAUAUGGAAUGUGCAUUAUCUGGUGUAUCACAAUUUUUCUAUAAAAAUUUAACUACAUGUACAUUGGGUCAAUAUGCACAAAUACCAAAUGAUACAGAUAUGUUAAGAACAGUGAAUACACCUGAAUCAUUAAGAGCAUGUUAUGUAAGAAUGCGUCAUAUCUAUCGAAUGAUUGAAACCGAUCGUAUAGGUAAAGCAACAUUAUUGAAAAAUAUACAGUAUGCAAUAAACGUUAUGGAAAAUGCUUAUAUAGCAGAGAAACGACGUAUACGUGAAGAAGAAGAAGAUUUGUCAGAAGCUGCUACAGAAUAUGUACCAGAUGAAGUACGUAAUUGGCUUGCUUCAACAUUUACACGUACUGUACAAAAUGUUGGGAUUGGUGAACAAAAGCCUAGAUUUCGUAGUGUUGCCAAUGCAAUUAGAGCUGGAAUAUUUGUUGAAAGAAUUUAUCGUCGUAUGUCAAGUUGUUCCAACCUUAUUGUUCCACCAAAUGUACUUCUAUUUCUUAAAACUGGUUUAGAUACAUGGAAUUUUGAUGUAUUUGGAUUGAAUGAAGCAAGCGAAAAUCAUGCAUUGAAAUUUGUUGCAUUUGAAUUAUUACAUAAAUAUAAUCUUAUUAAUAAGUUCCAAAUAAAUAGUACUGCAUUAGAAAGUUUAUUAAUUCAACUUGAAACAGGUUAUAGUAAAUACAGUAAUCCAUAUCAUAAUUUGGUUCAUGCAGCUGAUGUAAUGCAAACAUGUCAUAUGAUCAUCUUUAUGAAUGAUCUUAGGCAGAAUUGGUUAAAUGAUUUGGAUAUAUUUGCUGUAUUAUUCGCUGCAGUAAUCCAUGAUUAUGAACAUACUGGUACAACUAAUAAUUUCCAUAUAGCCACACGUUCUGAAUUAGCUUUAGUUUAUAAUGAUCGUGGAGUAUUAGAAAAUCAUCAUGUUAGUGCAGUUUUUCGUUUAAUGCAAGAAGAAGAAUUUUCAAUACUGACUGGACUAGAAGCUGAUCAAUACAAAGAAUUCCGUCAACUUGUAAUUGAUAUGGUUUUAUGCACGGAUAUGUCAUUACACUUCCAACAAAUUAAAAAUAUGAAAACUAUGAUUUCAAUGCCAGAAAGUGUUGAUAAAACAAAAGCAUUAUCUCUCAUUGUUCAUUGUGCGGAUAUUUCACAUCCAGCAAAAGAAUGGGCUCUACACGAACAAUGGUCUGAUAUACUGUGUGAAGAAUUCUUUAGACAAGGUGAUCGGGAACGUGAAUUAAACCUUCCAAUAUCACCAUUAUGUGAUCGUAAUACAGUUGUUGUACCACAAUCACAAAUUGGUUUUAUUGAUUUCAUUGUUGAACCAAGUUUCCAAGUUCUUGGUGAUAUGAUUGAACGUAUUGUUAAUCCACCACAAACUGAAGGAGUACUACCAACAGAUCCAACAAGUCCUAAGCCUAAAUCACCUGAUCAAGAAACUGUUGGUGAACAAAUAGUUCCACGUCCAUGGGUUGAUCAUUUCAAAGAAAAUAAAGAAUCAUGGUCAAAGAGACUUCCACCAAAAACUUAAAAAAAUAGAAGGAGAAGAAGAAGAAGAAACAAAUUCAGAUGUAAAACUAUUAUUACUAACAUUAACGUUAUUCUUACUAUCAUUCUAAAAAAUGAACAACUUAGAUAAAAUACUUUCUUUAAGUUAUUUACCAUUGAGAAAACUACUACUAAUACUAAUACCACUACUAUUACUAAUACUACCACCACCACUACUACUAUUACUACUACUACUACUACUACUACUACCACUACCACUACUACUACCACUAAUACUAAUACUACCACUACUAAUACUAAUACUACUAUCACUACCAUUACUAAUACUACCACCAACAUUACUACUAACAAGUGAUACAUAUAUGCUAACUUUCUGCAUACACCAUAUAUUUCUCUGUGUUCGUUGAGACGAACAAAAUGAAACGAAUUUUUUUGUUGUUGAUAAGUUAAAACAAGUGAAGGAAC